AGACGCAUGCGACUCUUCAUGGACAAAGCAUACAGUGCAAGCCCAUUCUACCUGCACGAAACGACCUGGACGUAGCAUCUCUAGCGCCUGUUCUUAACAAUCAAGAACGAGGAUAUAUCAUAUUCCUCUCCUGACGUACCUGAACAGACCUCGAGCAUAUGGAUCUAGGAUGUAGCCGGCUUUUCCAACUCGCAAACACGAGUGCAGGACAGCAAAACUUCAGCAAUAUCACGACAUCUCCAGGAUCAGAUCCGGAAGACGAGAUGACCCGCUGCACACGAAGUCACAUCCGGGCAAAGACUUCGCCGUCACUUCCUGCCUUUUUCAAAUAUAAGAUCAACACAAUGCCGGCCUUUGCAUCGCCUUGGCAGGCACUUGAUAAGCACUCCCCCUGUUUCCCCAUAAUUCGCCAGCUCGCUUGUGAGCUUUGCCUGAAUCCGGUUGGUCGAGCAUUGAUGUUCGCGGCCGUUCCGUUGCCCUGCCCGUCAAAUCGCUCGAAAAACCUUCCCGGCACUUUACAACGCCACUUUUCGAAGAUCAACAUAACAGCUUCCGCCAGCUCCUUCCCCAUCUAGUUGGAGCACCAAGAGCUUUUGUUUCUCUCACUUAUCUCAAUCAAGUAGGUCCCUGGCUUGGCUUCCUUCAGAUCUGCCUGCAUCCAAUCUAUCUGAUGACGAUGAUAUGCGGAAACAACUAUCCCUAGUGCUUGACU